UAAAUAUAUGGUUAAGUGGAGUGUUACAGGAUACACAAAUUUUUUCAGUCUAGAGUGAUUAAUCUGUUGAAGUCGGUGAGUUGUGCGUCCUUGGUAGACAAUCGCAAACUAACAUUGAGUGAAGUUCAAUCGCAGACAAGCAUUAUGAAAGUAGUGUUAUUUAUUACCUCGUUCCUCUUCUUUCGUGCGCGAUGUGCCAAAAUUUUGGGAGUUUUCCCAGCCCCUGGCUACAGCCAGUUCAUCCUGGCCGAAGUUUUGAUGACCGAACUGGCAAAAAGAGGACACCAAGUUACAGUGAUCAGUCCAUAUCGACCCAAGGAUGAGCCGCCAAAUUAUAAGACCAUCUUAACAAACGAAGUGAUUGAAGGUACCUCUGAUGUUAUUAGUUUGUGGGACCUCGAAUCCCAAAAUUUGUUAAAGAAUAUAAUGGCAUCGUAUGAUUUUGGGAAUGUAAUUACACAGAAGACGUUACAGAAUAAAGAAGUGCAAGAACUGUUGCAGUCGAAUGAACACUUCGAUUUAGUGAUAGUGGAGCAUUUCUUCGACGACGCUUUGAAGGGUUUCGCAGCGCAUUUUAAAGCACCUUUGGUGUUGUUCAGUUCGAUGGGGUCAACGGAAUGGAAUCGGGAGUGUAUGGGGGCGCCGAUGCUACCAACAAUCAAUGCAGUUAUAUACACCCAGUAUACUAACAGAAUGAGGUUUUUCCAAAGAAUACGAAAUCUAUAUGGUACAAUUUUUGAUUAUUUGUAUCGACACUACGUCUUUUAUCCAGUGCAACGUAAAUAUAUGGCCCAAUAUUUUCCUUCGUCUAUGGAUUUUGACAAGGUUUUAUACAACGCUAGUCUAAUGUUAGUUAAUUCGCACGUUACAACCUCAGAAAACGCUCUUUUACCCUAUAAUAUGAUCGAGAUUGGAGGGUUUCACGUCAUUACCAAACCCCUAGGUAAAGAAAUACAGACAUUCCUAGAUGGUGCCACAGACGGUGCUAUAUUAUUCAGUCUAGGUUCAAAUCUACACAGUUCCGAUUUAUCUCAAGACACACGAAACGUCAUAUUCAAAGUUUUUGCUAAACUUAAGCAAAAAAUUUUGUGGAAAUUCGAAACGGACCUACCCGACAAGCCCAAAAAUCUAUUUAUAUCAAAGUGGUUCAAACAGAGAGAUAUUCUGGCCCAUCCUAAUAUAAAACUGUUUAUUACUCACGGUGGUUUGUUGAGUACGGAGGAAGCUAUCUUCAAUGGGGUUCCGAUGGUCGGCAUACCCGUUUUUGCUGACCAGAGGAUCAAUAUGGCGAGAGCUAAAAGCAACGGCGUUGCGUCCGUGGUCUCUUUUUCGAAGUUGUCGGAAGAAACACUUUUUGAAGCGGUAAAUGAAACGUUGAAAAAUCCUAGUUACAGAAAUAAUGCUAAACGGUUGUCUAGCAUGAUCAAGGAUAGACCCAUUGAGCCUUUAGAACUGGCCAUGUACUGGAUCGAGUACACAAUGAGACACAGUGGAAUGACUUUCAAACCUUCUAGUUUAUAUCUUCAUUGGUUGGAAAUGUAUAUGGUUGAUAUUGCUUGUUUUCUUGUAUUUAAUAGUUUGGUUGUUUUGUUGGUUAUUUUUGGUCUCAUGCGCAUUUGCAAAUCUAAAAACAGUGAUAAACAAAAGAAGCAAUAGACUGUUAUUGCUGAUAUUUUUUUAGUUAAUUUAAUUUCUGCCUGCGUUGGUUUCUGUUAUUUAUUGUUUAUCGCAAGCAACACAAACUGUAGAAGUUAUAUAGCAAAAAUAUAAUGUGAUUAUGUUGUUGUUAUGUUUGUAUUAUUAUUAAUAAAGUUUCGAUCCCU